GUGAUAUGCAAGUCUUAAAAGAUGUGUUUUUAAAUGCUUUUUUAAAAGUGUUCAAAUUCUGACAUCUUUGAAGAUGUUUCAAAUUUGUACGAGUGUCGCAGAACACCUCAAUAAAAGCAAUUAUUGUAUGAAACUGACUAAGAUUACAAAGAUGAAAUUUGGAAUGAAGAAAUGGAAUAGAGGUAGAAGAAGAAUGCUUGUUGAGAGAUUUGAGUUUUUCCUUCUUUCAGUCUGUCCUGUUCCCAUGUUGGACGAUGCAGGUACAGACGAAUUACCCGAUCUGGUAGAGGUCUUUGUUGACGAACAUAAGUCUCCUACUUCGUCUCCUCUAAAUGGUACCCUGGGAACGGUAACUGGCGAGCCCGGCCAGGAGGUGAAAAUCAGGAUUGUCUUUAAAGACAAGGAUGAUAAAUCUCCCAUAGGAAAGAUCACGGUGACCACCAAAAAUACACAAACCGUUACCUUCAUUGUUACAACUCCAGAGGAUACUGAGUUGAGAAAGGAAGAGAUCGUAACCAAUCCAAGUGAGGAGAGUACUGUUGAGACAGACUUCACGGGCUUGGAAGGCAAAGAAUUAGAGAUUGUCUUCAAACCACAAGCAGAGGAAACAGAAAGCAUUUCUGUCAAUAACUUGGGAAUCGAAGCAUGUAUUGAAAAAGAAGCUGUUAGUACACCAACUACUGUGUCCACACCAACGACUACCACACCACCAGGUCCACCCUACUCAUCAACAAUCUCACCCUUUCCACCGAGAAGCCCCUACGGUAUGUGACAUGGAUACUACCUUCUGGCAUUUGUAUUCCGUAAACCGCUCGUGAUUGUAACGCAUUAUAUACUCAACAAAAAAAGAAAGGCAUAUUUUUCACUCAUCAAAGAAAUCUUGAAACAGUACAUGGAAUAACUAUCACGUCUAUCAAUGGAUACCUGUGGCCUAUUUAAAACAGCAUAGCCCUUUCAAACGCCAGUGUCGAAAUGUUUCGCUUGGUUAAUCAUGUUGAUAAAAAGAGUGUUUUGCACGGUUUCUUGUAAAUCGGGGGUCUAUUGUCAUUAAUAUUUUGGAUUUGGGGAAACAACAACUACUCCUAUCAAACCCAUAAUUAAGAUUUUGAGGCAUCUUUGAUGUGCAAUGUCGUGCCUAAACAAAGAUGAACGUAACCGGGUUGUAACGAUGCUACUAGCCGGAGCUACGCAACAGGUUGUUGCAACUGCAUUUGGAGUAUAUCAAUCGACUGUGCAGCGGUCAAAUGUUCGUCUCCACCAGCUGGGAAGCACAGAUGACAGGCCAAAAACUGUCCGUCUGCGGGUUACCACUCCCAGGCAGGACCGUCAGAUCCGCCUUCAACACCUGUACAGUCGAUUCAAAACUGCUGUAGAGACUGCUGCUACAAUUGCUGGACGAGGAAAUCAGCGUAUAAGUGCUCAAACUGUUCGUAACAGACUGCGAGGAGCUGGAAUUCGUGCACGACGUCCAUAUAUUGGAAAUCCACUAACGCCGAGACGUCACCAGGGACGAAUGGAUUGGUUAAGACAGCAUGGCCCUAGAAUUUGGAGGCGACGACAAUGGCAUCAAGUUCUCUUCACAGAUGAGUCGAAAUUCAACUUGUAUAGAGCUGAUGGUCGUUCACGUGUGUAUCGCCGGAAGAAUGAGCGUUUUGCAGACUAUUGUGUCAUUGAAAGAGAUCGCUUUGGUGGUGGAAACGUAAUGGUGUGGGGAGGUAUUGCUUACGGAAGGAGAACACCACUCCACGUAAUUCAUGGCAAUAUGAAUGCACGAAAAUAUCGUGAUGAAAUUCUUGCUCCUUUGGCUGUUCCAUUUGUCCAUCAGCACAAUCUGACUCUGCAACAGGACAACACAAGGCCGCAUGUGGCAAGGGUGUGCUCGGAUUUUCUGCAGACGAACAACGUGGAUGUUCUUCCAUGGCCAGCGUUCUCACCAGACCUUAAUCCAAUUGAACAUUUAUGGGAUGAGCUGGAUAAAUGAGUUAGACGCCGUCCCAGUCCACCAACCACCAUCCAGGAUUUAGAGCAGGCCUUGUUGCAGGAAUGGAACAAUAUCUCUCAGGUUACCAUCAACAAGCUUAUUAACUCUAUGACAAGACGUGUUCAGUCUGGAAUUGAUGCAAACGGAGGACAUACGCGAUAUUAAAACUCACUGUAAUGCAGUCAUUAAAUUGUUACCUUGUAUGGACCGAGAGAAGCUGUGAUAUUAUUCCUAUCUGUUCAACACAGCAACAUGAGACAUGUUUGAUUUUGAUCAUAGGACCGUUUACUGCAUUUAAACUUUUAAAAAAUAAAAAUAAAA